AUGGAGCAAUCAGGUGAGAUAAUAACUAUUUUCGUGGGACAGGCUGGAACGCAACUGGCGAACGCCUGCUGGGAGCUUUUCUGCCUGGAGCAUGGCUUGCUACCGAACGGCUGUCUUCGUGCCUGCUAUCGGCCGCAGGACACCACCGUUUGCUCGUUCUUUUCGCAGGCAAACACGAAAAUGUCCCCGCGUACGAUAAUCGUCGAUUUGGAACCGACGGCGAUCGACGAGAUUCGAACCGGCGCGUACAGAAAACUAUUCUGCCCGCAGUCCCUGAUCAGCGGGAAAGAGGAUGCGGCGAACAACUUCGCGAUCGGCUAUUACUCGACCGGCCGCGAGGCGAUCGAUCUGGUCAUGAGUCGUGUUUGUAAAGAAUGGGAGAAAUGCUCGAAACCAACUGGCUUCAUCGUGUUUAGGUCACUGAAUGGCGGUACAGGGGGUGGUUUUGGUACCCUUUUGCUGGAACGGUUAACCGAAUACUUCCCGAAGAAGAUCGCGAUAGAUUUUGCUAUCUGCUCGGCUCCGAAUAUUUCCGCGGUCAUUGUUGAACCUUACAACGCUGUGCUAGCCACUUAUGGUAGCCUGGAUCACGUGGACUGCUGCUUUCUUGUCGAUAACGAGGCCCUUUACGACAUCUGCGGAAGGAAUUUGGACGUGGAAGAACCGACUUACACGAACCUGAAUAGAAUCCUAGCCCAGGUAAUCUCGAGCAUCACGGCCUCAAUGAGGUUCGAGGGAGCGGUAAACGUGAGCCUGCAAGAGCUACAAACGAAUCUGGUGCCGUUUCCAAGGAUUCACUACUCCCUGGCCACGUAUUCCCCGUUGAUAAGCCCGAAAAAAGCCUUCCACUCGGAGAUCACGACUAAGCAGAUCACGAACGAGUGUUUCGAGCCUUACAAUCAGAUGUUAAAAUGCGAUCCACAAACCGGUGCGUACAUGAGCUGCUGCUUGCUCUACCGUGGCGAUGUGAGUCCCAUUGACGUCAACAGGGCGAUCGCGUCGCUGAAGGGGAAAAAGUCCAUUCGGUUCGUUAGUUGGAGUCCGACCGGGUUCAAGGUGGGAAUCAAUCCACAACCCACCACUACGCUUCCCGGCGGUGAUCUAGCGAACUCGAGGCAAACGGUGGCGAUGCUCAGCAAUAAUACAGCUAUUCGAUACACCUGGGAGACGCUCGCAAGGAAAUUCGAUUCGAUGUACCAGAAAAAGGCGUUCGUGCAUCACUAUUUGGAAGAAGGUAUGGAGGAGAGUGUUUUUCAGGAUGCUCGGGACAACGUGGGGAAUUUGAUCGAAGACUACAAGGAGGUCGCCGUUGGCUCGUUCGAGGAAGAUAAAGGCCAGAAGGUCGAAGAACAAGAUCUGUCCUUGGUCGGAGUCAUGCAGAACUAUGGACACGAGGAUUACGAUUAUGGGACGGCGGAGGGUAUGUCGCAACAGGGCGCCGGUAGAUCGUUGCCCCAGGUGCCAGGUGCCAGGCCCAUGGUGGACCCGAACGCCGCUGGCGAGGUAGACCCGAAUUUGUAUCCAGAACCGAAGGAGGCGACCCACAAGAUCCGAGGCAAGAGCGACGUGAUCGAGUAUCUCUUCGGGUCCGUCGAUCAGGAACUUCUUACCGUGAAGACGUUCUACUUCUUCUUCUACUCUGCGUUCGGUUCCCUGUUCCCGUUGAUGGGGGUCUACUACAAACAAAUGGGCAUGAACGCAGGACAGUGCGGUCUCCUGAUCGGGCUUAGACCGUUCAUCGAGUUCGUCAGCGCGCCUUUCUGGGGAUCGUUGGCUGACAGAUGGCAGAAGGGCAAAACGAUUCUUCUAGCCUCCCUCUCCUGCUGGAUCAUCUUCACUCUACCGUUGGGCUUCAUUCAACCACCGGUCACGUCUUGUAUAGUUCUGCGAAACAACACAAUAUACUUGGAGGCGGCCAGUCCCGACCAGAGGAUCGUGAAGAGGUCCGUCAAGCUGGACGAGUUCUACCAUCAGAACGACGACGAGUGUCUCGAAGUCGCGGACAAUGUUGUGUUCGAGAGGUUACGAAAAGACGAGGACACCCUCGAGCCAGCGAUCAGACAGAGGCUGCGAAAGAUCAGUGGCAGAACGAAGAAUAACAUGAAUCACCGAGAAAACAACGAUUACCCAAGUAAUAGAGUACGAAGGGAAGCACCGACGACGGAGGAGAGUCCAGUGGAGGACCUCAAGUACAAACAGUUGGUGUUCGAGGAUACAGAGACCAAUCCGGAAGCCAAAACCGUGGACUUCGAGACCCUGCAGAGGAAAAACCGUCCAGCCGACAUUCUCGAGUACAAACGAUUUCUUAAUAAUCAACCAUUGGACGAUGGAAAACCGCCAAAAAAAGCGUACACGCACACCAAGACCCGAGUGAAACCGCCCCCGAUGAAGAUUAUGGUGAAGAGAGACGUUGGUCCCAAGAACGAAGCUUCAGGAGAUAAAAAUACAAUGUUCACCGAGCAACGACGAUCCUCGCUUAAAGGUCUCCGUAAGUUAAUGUUUUUGGAAGAACAGGAGAACGAAUUGAACGACGACGCUGCCGAGAUGAACCAAGAAUACGUACCAUUGGUUAGAACUAGACGCUAUAUCAGGCUGCCUCAUUCUGGCCAGAGUCCUCACACUGUGUCCUAUGCCGCGAACUACAACGAGAGGGAGAAUAAGGGAUGGGUGAAGCCACUGUUCAGCUUCAUUGUCUACAGAUUAUCUGACAUUCAGAAGACCUUCUUCCUCCUGCUGCUGUUGGUGAUAGUUGGAGAGUUCUUCGCUGCGCCUGCAAUCACACUGGCGGACUCGGCUGUGAUCACUCUGCUAGGUGAAGACGCGGAUAGGUACGGUCAUCAGCGAAUGUUCGGCAGCUUGGGCUGGGGCUUGGCUAUGUUCUUCGUUGGUAUCGCUCUGGAUCACAGCACCGCGUUCACGGAUCAUCCUUGUGGUCCAGACGCAAGGGAGAAGAAUUAUACAAUCUGCUUCGCGAUCUUCAGCGUGCUCAUGGGCGCAGCGUUGAUAACAGCCACGCAGAUAAACUUCAAAUACGAUGUCAUCGUGUCGGAGCCGGAGGUGCUGAAACCGCCGGCUGAACCGACCAGGGAGGAACAGCUGCAGAGUCAAUUGUCUCAGCAGUUGAAUCUACCCAGUCUACAGGAUUCCUCCGCAGCGGUGAAUCCGAAGCCUCAGCCUCCAGAGGGAAAGACAAAAAUGUUUGCUCAAACGAUGCGCGAGAUCCCCGAAUGGGUGACGGUGCUGAAGCAAUUCAAGGAUCUCAAGUGCGCGUCCUUCCUCUUCGUGGCCUGGUUCAUGGGCUUCGGUAUCGGGCUGAUAUUCACCUUCCUCUUCUGGCAUCUUCAAGAUUACGGGGGCACGCCCACUCUGUUCGGUGUUGCCUCGGUGAUCAAUCACAUAUCCGAGAUAUUCGCCUAUUUCUUCAGCUUCAAGCUUAUCCGUCAGGUCGGCCACGUCAAGGUGUUGUGCAUGGGCCUGGCCGGAAACGUUCUUCGUUUCUUGUACAUCUCUUGGCUCUCCACUCCCUGGUGGGUGUUGCCGUUCGAGUUCAUUCAGGGCUUCACUCAUGCCGCGGUAUGGGCCGCUUGCUGCAGCUACAUCGCCCAUAACACACCGCCACAGUUGCGCACCAGCGCGCAGGGUGUUCUACAAGGUAUCCAUCACGGUCUAGGAAGGGGAUGCGGCGCUGUGAUCGGUGGAAUGUUCGUCAAUGCUUACGGAACGACCACCACGUUCAGAGCGUAUGGACUGUGCUGCCUGCUGGUUCUCGGCGGCUUCGUAUUCAUCAACUUCUAUAGGAAGGACACAGGUUUCGUCUCGGAUCUGCCGCAGACGGAGGAUCCUCACCAGGUGGCCGAGGCCACGCAUCUGGCGCCGCACGGCGUCCCGAGCAACGCCAUACCCCGAGCCCUCAGCUCGACUCGUCUGCACGAGCUGGCUAAUCAGGACUCGGGCUACGGCGCCACUUAUCAAACAGCAGGCGGUAACCUGGGUGUACCUGGUGCGAACGGAGGUCCCACGAACCCGACGAAUCCAUUUCUGAACGGUGGAGGCGGCGGCGGAGGUGGAUAUAAUUACGGUAUGACUGGGAAAGGCGAGGACGAGUAUAUCCGUAGGAGCUUCCAGCUCUACAAUGAAGUGGUCAGCGGGGAUCUCGACCUGAUUAAACCACCGCCGCUAGUGACCCAUUUACACGCUCAACAACCAUGCACCAAUCCCUUCCAUCAGCACGACUACGAAUGGUAACAGUCCGGGACGAUCGAUCCUGCCUAAUGGUGAUCGGGUGAUGGUCAUGGAACACGCUGGUCGACAACCGGCUCGUUCUCCGGAGAACCAAGAACCACGGGGAGAGGAGGACCAGGUUCGACAAGCUACAGCGACGAUGUAUACCUUUCGUGGAGCAAACACAGUCUUGCUGAAGAAGCUCCCCGGUUGCCCAACGACGACCGAUCCGUUUAUUGUACAUACGGCGAUACUUUGACUCGCGCGCUUCUGAAACUGAUCCGAGCAAGCCAGAACUGUUUUAUUCGAUUACAUUCCAUUUAACCAUCGAAUUACUAUUCUCGAUAUCUCGAAGACACUCCAUUUUCAGAAUUUCAUAAUAAAAAAAAGUCACUACUCGAUUAGGUGAAAAAUAUCGUAGCCAAAAGACUGAUCCGAAGAUUCGAAGGUGCCUGGUUCCUCGAAACACGCUCGGCUUGAUAUCUUGUUUUGCUGAUCGUUUGAAGGUUUGAUGUCUCGCAAGUCAGUUUCACAAUCGUGACGCAG